CCCGACGCGCAGCGGAGGUUCUAACCGGCUGAAAAAUGUCCUAGGUAGCCUAAAUGAUAACGACUUGCGUGAAACUGCUCACAGCUGUAUCUUUAACACAGACCAACCAGGAAGAUUUACUGGCGGUCCUGUGAGUCUUUCUUACAGAUGGCCUCAGAAUUUAUGAAUAAUUGUUCCCAGAUAUUUACUACUGGUCAUCAAAUUCAAUGAAAAUCCCAUCAAUGCAGGUUUCUAUUGUUAAAAUAAUUUAUUGCCAUUAUUAUUAUUAUUAUUAUUAUUAUUAUUAUUAUUAUUAUUUCACGAAGCCAAUAUGACUAAUUGGGACUGUUCAUUUUUAACGAUAAUGUUGUCAUUGUUGUAGGCCUACAGUAGGCCUACAACAAUGGACAAAAGCAUCAGCCAACCAUGACCAUAACUUAAAGUCCACAAGGUGGCGAGAUUUGACGAGAGGCGAAAAAGCACUAGAAAGCUUGCACAGCUCGCUCAUUCACGGACCCAGUGCUGAAUUUUUGUACUUGCAAACUGUAGGCCAAGCCUAUAUCUGUGCUAGCAUCUGUCGUGAGAGCCCGGUUGGGGCGUGCGUAUACUCUACCUGGAAAGUCUGCGGGCCUUUAUGAGUUCCAUGGAAGCGUGGCCAUUAGGAUUUAGUGACAUGAUUACUGAUAUGGUGUUGGAGUGGCGCUAGAGAUGCUCAUGGCAACCAAUCGGAGGCGCCUGAGUAUGGGUACACAUCCCUUUUGACAGUUGGUAAUAUCCACACAGUGGCAUUGGCGGACUACUCGGAACACUAACGUGCGUCUCUUCAGGAUUAAGUGCAUCACUGUUUAAAUUGGAAUACAUGAGUUGCGCAGGUGAGGGCGACACGCCCGAGGGUAAUGCCGACAAGUGCAGGCCCCCUGGCCCGGUUUCAUCCUACUGUAUAGACAGCUUACUCGGUCGAAGAAGUCUCCCUUAUUCCCACGCCAGGAAAAAUCCUCCAUCGCGCUCUGGGACAGGGGAACGACCUUAUGACCACACACAUCAUGACAAAGAAAGUCUUCAGCAACUGCAUGGUUCAGGAUCUCUUGCCGAACUCUCUGAAUCCGACAAAGGUGUCCUUGACACGGGACGAAUACAUGAUGAACACAUUCCGAGCAAACCUUGUGGGUGCCAGAAGUCGUCCGUUCGUCGUCAGUCCUACCUAGAAAGCGCCCCAACGAACCCUGAGCUGAUGCAGAUGGGGCACAGCGUAACAGACGGAGUGUACAGGGACUCGAAAUUGUCUCUCGGGGAUGAGGAUGCCCUGUGCACUGCUGGAGGUCUCAGAGAAGAUGGGGACUGUGUCUGUAUGUCAGCAGGCAGUGAUUCCGAAGAGGGAGUGCCGAAGCGCAAGCAGAGGAGAUACAGGACUACAUUCACCAAUUUUCAACUGGAGGAAUUAGAGAGAGCUUUCCAAAAAACACACUACCCAGACGUGUUCACCAGGGAGGAACUAGCAAUGCGACUGGACCUCACAGAAUCACGUGUGCAGGUCUGGUUUCAGAACCGUCGAGCCAAGUGGAGAAAGCGAGAGAAAGCUGGUGUGCAACCCCUGUCUCUAAACUUCCCUUUCCUGGGGCCUACACCCUCAAUACAUCCCAUGGGUCACUAUUUAGGUCGCGGACCGUUCCCGACCCAUCUUUUCCCACUUUUGGACUCAGCAUGGACUGACGGAACCACCUCUUUCCCUUUAUUUGGCCAGUCUCUCGCCAGUUCCAUCUCCUCCCUCAACCUUGGUUCUUUCCCAGUGGUAUCCACGUCCAGACACCCCGCUGUCAUCGGCCCCUCGUUUGGUCGUUUUUGGCUUUGCACGCAUGUUUCUUCAUACGGAGUGAACUUACCUGUUUUAUGGGAUAUUCUCCAUGCGACCACUGAGCUAUCCAAGGCUACCCAUACCUGCAGCAGUGGGCAGUCCUGUCCCUACCCAGGACAGCCUGUCCAGCUCUCGCUCCUCCUCAACACCUCCCUCCAUGUCCACCUCCUCUCCUGCUGACCGGCGGGCCUCGAGUAUCGCUGCCCUGCGCCUCAAA